GUACAUUCUGUGUUUCUUGGAGUGUAAAUAUGAGUCAAUAACCUCACGUGUUUCACGUCAGAGCCCAGCCAAGCACAUGUGGGUAGACCAAUGAAGCUAAAAAUCUGUAAUAAACUACAGAAACAAAAGUGUAGACAAAUUUGGAUCUUGACUGGCAUUUUAUAGACCGCUUUGUUCUUUUGCGAUAUUGUUCUGGCAUUGCUCGCUUUAAAAGUUAAUGCGCUCUCCCGGCCCCGCCGGACACGCGCGCCUCCGGUGCACGCGCACCAUUCUUGGUGCCGCUGUCGGUAGUGCUGCAAUGGCGGCACUGUAGGCUUGGACAUGGUACCCUGAGUUGAAUGGAGUUUUAUUUUUUUAAUCGAGGGUGGAGAAGGACGAAGAGCGCGUGAAAGCAGGGCACCGGAGCGUACUGCCUCGGAGAGCUUGUAUUUGAAGUGGAGAUUGGAGGCGGGGAGGUUUGCAUUUCUUUCCCCGAGUCGGAGACGGAGCGAGUGUAAGGCAAGGACUGCGAAACCUUCUGCCUACAUCUGCAUGCAAUAAACCGCCGCCGCCGCCAGCCGAUCGCUCGUCAGCCAAACGAGGCGAGUCGGAUCCUGCGCGAGCACUUCAGCCAAGGACUGAAGCAGAUCCAGACCCGGCCGGAGCACCAUGGCAGAGCGGAAUUCCACUGGAUUACUAAUGAUGAUGCUGGAGCCGACACCCGCGACGGCUCUCACCCUGCCUGCGGAGGUGCGGGAGAAGCUGGCCGAGCUGGAACUCGAGCUGUCGGAAGGCGACAUCACCCAAAAGGGCUAUGAGAAGAAGCGAGGAAAGCUACUGGCCCCCUACAUCCCACAGAUACAAGGCGUAGACCCAUCUCUGCAGAUCGACAACAGAAUCCAGGCCUCCUCGCAAGUGUGUCCCAUUGGCUCCAAGCAGAACAAGUCCCGGCCCAACAACUCCAGGGAUGAGCGCUUCCGAUCCGACCUGCACACGGAAGCCGUACAAGCAGCCUUGGCCAAGUACAAAGAGAGGAAGAUGCCCAUGCCUUCUAAACGGAGGUCCGUGCUAGUGCAGUCCUCUGUGGAAGCAUGUACCCCCCCAGACACCUCAUCGGCCUCAGAAGACGAGGGCUCACUUCGGCGGCAGGGCCGGCUGGCCACCUCCACGCCGUACCACCCCACCCCCGGCGUGGAGCACUGGUUUAACAGGGUCAUCCAGGGCUCGUCCACCUCAUCCUCCGCAUCCUCCACCUCAUCCCACCCAGGAGGAAGGCCCCACACAGCCGCCGUCGCCGUGCUGGCAGAUCUCAUGGCACACACCCAGCUAGACAACCAUUCGGCACCGCCCGAUGUGACGGGCCUAUCAGAGCGCUCUCUGCAUGUGGAGCGUCCCCAGGAUGCCUCGGUCCGGGGGGUCCCCAGGGGCUACAACAACUCCAACCUGCUGGAGACCGCAGAUGGCUCUGAUGGGAAAGUUGCCGGGGUGUCCCUAGCGAUCGAUGGGGUGCCGGUCAACAGUCGCGUGUCGUCAAAGAUCCAGCAGCUGCUCAACACACUGAAGAGGCCCAAACGGCCGCCGCUGCGCGAGUUCUUCCUCGACGACUUUGAGGAGUUGCUGGACGUCCAGCACCCAGACCCCAACCAGCCAAAGCCAGAGGGUACCCAAAUGAGCCCCCUAGCAGGAGAGCCCCUGGGUGUGGUCUCCAACUGGCCCCCGUCCCUGCUGGCGUCUCUGCAGCGAUGGGGCACCACCCAGCCCAAGAGCCCCUGCCUGACUGCACUGGAUAACUCUGGCAAGGCCGUCUACACCAUCACUUACGGAAAGCUGUGGACGCGUAGUCAGAAGCUGGCAUACACGCUCCUCAACAAGCUGAGCUCUCGCAAUGAGCCGCUCCUGCGGCCGGGUGACCGGGUGGCGCUAGUGUUCCCCAACAAUGACCCAGUGAUGUUCAUGGUGGCAUUCUAUGGCUGUUUACUGGCAGAGCUGGUCCCAGUGCCCAUUGAGGUGCCUCUCACUAGGAAGGAUGCAGGAAGUCAGCAAAUCGGAUUCCUAUUGGGCAGCUGCGGGGUAGCCCUGGCCCUGACCACAGACGCCUGUCAGAAGGGUCUCCCUAAAGCACAGACGGGAGAGGUCGUGACCUUUAAAGGCUGGCCACGGUUGCUGUGGUUCGUGACAGACGGGAAACACGUGGUGAAACCCCACAAGGACUGGCACCCCCCCAUCCGGGACGCCAGCAACGAGACCGCCUACAUCGAGUACAAGACGAGCAAGGAAGGCAGCACCAUGGGUAUCACGGUCUCGCACGCCGCCAUGCUGGCCCACUGCCACGCCCUCACGCAGGCCUGCAGCUACUCCGAAGGCGAGACGAUCACGAAUGUCUUGGACUUCAAGCGAGACGCGGGUCUGUGGCACGGGGUCCUCACAAGUAUAAUGAACCGGAUGCACGUGAUCAGCAUCCCGUACUCCCUGAUGAAGGUGAACCCCCUCUCCUGGAUUCAGAAAGUGCAUACAUACAAGGCGCGGGUUGCGGUGGUGAAGUCUAGGGACAUGCACUGGUCGCUCUUGGCCCAGCGAGACCAGCGUGACAUCAGCCUCAGCUCACUGCGAAUGCUCAUCGUCGCCGAUGGGGCCAACCCCUGGUCCAUCUCGUCCUGCGACGCCUUCCUCAACGUGUUCCAGUCUCGUGGGCUCAGGCCGGAGGUGAUAUGCCCUUGUGCCAGUUCCCCCGAAGCUAUGACUGUCGCCAUUCGCAGACCUCCAGAGAUGGGCGUGCCCCCCCCAGGAAAGGCGGUUCUGUCCAUGAGUGGGCUCAGCCACGGCGUCAUUCGGGUCGACACAGAGGAGAAGCUUUCGGUUCUGACUGUGCAAGAUGUUGGCCAAGUCAUGCCUGGCGCCCUGGUGUGUGUAGUGCGGAUAGAGGGGACGCCAUACCUGUGCCACAGCGACGAGGUGGGUGAGAUCUGUCUGAGCUCGAGCAGCACUGGUGUCUCGUACUUCGGCUUGCCAGGCAUGACCAAGAACGUGUUUGAGACCGUGCCCGUGGCUGCAUCGGGGGCCCCCAUCUCUGACCGGCCCUUCACGAGAACCUCCCUCCUGGGCUUCGUGGGGCCGGAUAACUUGGUGUUUGUGGUGGGGAAGAUGGACGGCCUGAUGGUGGUCAGCGGGCGGAGACACAAUGCUGACGAUGUUGUUGCCACGGCGCUGGCAGUAGAGCCUAUGAAGUUUGUGUACCGAGGAAGGAUCGCGGUAUUCUCUGUGACGGUCCUCCAUGACGAGCGGAUUGUGGUGGUGGCUGAGCAGAGGCCAGACGCGUCGGAGGAGGACAGCUUCCAGUGGAUGAGCCGUGUACUGCAGGCCAUCGACAGCAUCCACCAGGUGGGGGUGUACUGCCUGGCACUGGUCCCGGCCAACACGCUGCCCAAGGCCCCGCUGGGGGGCAUCCACAUCUCAGAGACCAAGCAACGCUUCCUGGAGGGGGCGCUGCAUCCCUGCAACGUGCUAAUGUGCCCCCACACCUGUGUCACCAACCUGCCCAAGCCCAGGCAGAAGCAGCCAGAGGUGGGACCCGCUUCUAUGAUAGUGGGGAACCUUGUGGCCGGGAAGAGGAUCGCCCAGGCGUGUGGUAGGGAUGUGACCCAGCUGGAGGACAAUGACCAGGCACGUAAGUUCCUGUACCUGCAGGACGUCCUGCAGUGGAGAGCCCAGGCCACCCCAGACCAUCCUCUGUUUCUGCUGCUUAACGCAAAGGGCACCGUGGCCAGCAGCGCCUCCUGCCUGCAGCUCCACAAGCGUGCCGAGCGGGUGGCCGUGGCCCUCAUGGAGAAGGGCCGGCUCAACACCGGGGACCACGUGGCCCUCGUCUAUCCCCCCGGAAUCGACCUCAUCGCCACCUUCUACGGGUGCCUGUACGCUGGCUGUGUGCCCGUGACCGUCAGGCCCCCCCACCCGCAGAACCUGGCCACCACCCUGCCCACCGUCAAGAUGAUUGUCGAGGUCAGCAAGUCUGUCUGCAUCCUCACCACACAAGCAAUAAUGAAACUGCUGAAAUCCAAAGAAGCUGCAGCCGCUGUAGAUGUGAAAACGUGGCCCACGGUGCUGGACACAGACGACCUCCCGAGGAAGAGGCCCCCCCACAUCUACAAGCCCCCCACGCCAGAGAUGCUGGCCUACCUGGACUUCAGCGUGUCCACCACCGGCAUCCUGGCCGGAGUGAAGAUGUCCCACUCUGCCACCAGUGCUUUGUGUCGCUCCAUUAAGCUGCAGUGUGAGUUGUACCCAUCCCGUCAGAUCGCCAUCUGUCUGGACCCCUACUGCGGGCUCGGCUUCGCCCUCUGGUGCCUCUGCAGCGUGUACUCAGGACACCAGUCCAUCCUGGUACCCCCCCUGGAGCUGGAGAGCAAUGUGUCUCUCUGGCUGGGGGCCGUUAGUCACUACAAGGUGCGAGUGACCUUCUGCUCCUACUCUGUCAUGGAGAUGUGCACCAAAGGCCUAGGCCUGCAGACCGAGGCCCUCAAGAUGCGGAACAUCAGCCUGGCCUGUGUGCGGACGUGCAUGGUGGUCGCAGAGGAGAGGCCCCGCAUUUCCCUCACCCAGUCCUUCUCCAAGAUCUUCAAGGAUCUGGGACUCUCCCCCCGAGCCGUCAGCACCACCUUCGGCUGCCGCGUGAAUAUCGCCAUCUGCCUGCAGGGCACAGCAGGUCCGGACCCCACCACAGUCUAUGUGGAUAUGAGAGCCCUGCGACACGACAGGGUGCGGCUGGUGGAGAGGGGGUCUCCACAUAGCCUGCCUCUGAUGGAGUCUGGAAAGAUCUUGCCUGGGGUGAAGGUGAUCAUCGCCAAUCCAGAGACGAAGGGACCUUUGGGCGAUUCGCACCUGGGGGAGAUCUGGGUGAGCAGCCCCCACAAUGCCACAGGCUACUACACCGUCUACGGCGAGGAGGCCCUGCACGCAGACCACUUCAACACCCGGCUGAGUUUCGGUGACACGCAGACCAUGUGGGCGCGCACAGGGUACCUGGGCUUCCUACGCCGCACCGAGCUCACGGACGCCAGCGGGGAACGGCACGACGCGCUGUACGUGGUGGGCUCCCUGGACGAGACCCUGGAGCUCCGCGGCAUGCGCUACCACCCCAUCGACAUCGAGACGUCCGUCAUUCGGUCACACAAGAGCAUCGCUGAGUGCGCUGUGUUCACCUGGACCAAUCUGCUGGUGGUGGUGGUGGAGCUGGAGGGCUCGGAGCAGGAGGCCCUGGACCUGGUGGCCCUGGUGACCAACGUGGUGCUGGAGGAGCACUACCUGAUCGUGGGCGUGGUGGUGGUGGUCGACCCGGGCGUCAUACCCAUCAACUCGCGCGGCGAGAAGCAGCGCAUGCACCUGCGGGACGGAUUCCUGGCCGACCAGCUGGAUCCCAUCUACGUGGCGUACAACAUGUGAUCCCUGCCUCUACCGAGACGCCAGGAAAAGGAAGGAGAGCAGGCCAGCUUUGCACGCUGCGGGAAAGGGCAAGCGUGGGGGGUGGGACUCUGCCCCACGUCUGUUCUUCCCUCGGAAAAUAUUGAGAACCAUUUUGGAGGGCUUAUCGGUUAUACAGUUUAACAUUGGUAUUACUAACCUUCCAUUCACACUUUCAAAACAAGACCCCUUGUUGAAGCAAGGUGAGGGGCUGGCUAAGGCGUACUUGGUUUUUGUUUACUUGGUUGAAUGUCAGUAUUGAGUAAAUUGUCUGGCGUGUCCCAGUACUGCAGCCCCCCCCCACCCCCACCGCCUUGCUCCAGCAGCUCAGAUGUGGUCAAGCUAGCGGAAUGGCACUAGGGGGCGCCAUUUCGUCAAUGUGCCUCAUUUCAUUCAUAGGGGCUUGGGUAAUGCCUUUCCCAUGCCUGCAUUAAAGCUUAAGAUAUUUAUUUAGCACAGAAAUUAUUCAGAUAAUUAAGAUUGAUGUCCAGCACAAAACUUCUGAAAUUUAAGGAAAUUCCUCAUUUAUUUUUCUUUUUUUCAAAAAACAUUUCUGUUUGAGUUUUAACAAAAACUUCUUAGGAUUCCUAUAUGAUGGCCUGUGUUAUUUUUAAAGACAGGAUGUCUUAAUAUUUUUUCAAUAUUUCUGUAUACAAUUGAUUGAUUUUAUUUUAUAACUGAGACCAUCUAACAGCAUAAGCAUAAUCCUACAUUUGAAGUUUGACAGGCGUAAAUACUAAUUCGGGUUUCUUAAGAUUAUCAUUUUUUUACCAGGUGUUUUAAAAUGAGGCCUUAACUUGCUCAGCCAGCUGUCUGUGAGCUUUGCGAACGUCGAUAAGUUCACUAUUCAGCUGUGAUGAUGUGAGGGAGGUGUGGGUGCACCAUUGGGUCCUGACCCCCUUCCCCUCCAAUAAAAUUCCCGAGGGUGUGCCUCUAUGGGGGAGGGGCACGGUGUGUCUGUACCACGAGUUCACGAGUUUCCCUGUGGAAGAUGAUCUACGUCUUAUGCAAAGUGAGCAUCUCGGUUGAAACCUAUGCUGUCUAACUUCUGAGCUCACAAUUUAAGUCCAUUAUUUUUUGUGUCUAUCCACAUUCUCUGCAGAAGAAAACCGAGGUAUUGAAUAGGUGUCAUAUUGCGUUGGUGAUUUAGGAACGGAAAUGUUUGUAAAGUGAAUCUGUAGACAUGUUUCGUCUAUAGAUGGUGGUUUUUUUAUUAUUUUUUUUUUUUUUGAAGGACUUGCGUGGUGUGAGUGAGAUAGAAGAGGCUUCUUUGCUGAAUGUAUACAAGGUUGGAUGUACUGUUAUUCCAAUGGGAGUCGGAGGCCAAAAGCUCGCUAUAAACUCACUGCUCUGUCAAAUAGGACGCUUACCAGCCUCAUACAAACAUGCGCUUCUUUCGGGUAAUUUCCUACGGUGGUUUAUGUCAUGACGACACGCUGUAAAUCCAUCCAUCUGGGGCCAGAGGGUAGAACAAUAACACAACAUAGGCCAUCAAAGACUCUGACAUCCAUUUUGAAGCGUAGCCGCAGAUGUUGUGAAGCGCGCGGAGGGGGUUGGGGCAGGCUUACCGGCAAGCUCGACCCGGCACCGGUGAACCUGUGAUGCAAAGACUGCCCCUCAACUGGAUCCUGACGCUUGCCCCGCCCUCCUCGCUUGUGUGGACCUCGUGGAAACCGCAAGCCUACUGUAAUUUAUGUACAGAUCUUGUAUAAGUUAUUUUGGGAUUAUAACAUUUCUGGAAAUUCCAGAACAGACUGUGGCCACAGUUCCUUGGAGCAAGGCAGACGAUCGCCUCAGAAUGGACUCCCACACUAACCGACUUUUAAAUAAAUGUUCUAGGUUUGUUUUAUAAGCAGGGAGGAAGAGAGUAAAUACAUAUGCGAGGAAUAAAGCAAAUCUUGUACGAUUUUUUUUUAUUAAACCAUGAGGACACUUCUUGCUGCUUUUCAAAGGAGGAAGGAAAAGCAGAAAGCACAUUAAAAUAUUUUAAGAUGAAAACGAGACUUUUGUGGUAAAGCUUCAGAAAGUUAUUUCUCUCUUCGGUUCCUUCAUUUGUUUUCUGAGCGCGCUCAGAUUGUGGACAUCAAUGUGAAGAGUCUCAAUAACACCAUUCGUUUUCUUUGAUAUAUGUUCUGAACAUUAAAUGGUUUUAAAAUAAAAUGAUUUUCUUAUAAGACAACCAAGAGACUGUGCAAUGUCAUGGAAAUUCUAAACGCUUAUUAAAUGGUUUAUAUUGACAUUUUUGGUUAA